GUGCGGCGCACGCGGCGGGCUCGGCGUCAUGGCGGAGGCGAGGAGCCGCAGGAGGCGCCUGGCGGAGCUGACGGUGGACGAAUUCCUGGCCUCAGGCUUCGACUCGGAGUCCGAGUCGGAGUCCGAGGGCGCCCCGGAGGCGGCGACGCGGGAGCGGGAGGCACGCGGACGUGSAGCUGCGCGGCGUCUGGAGCCCGGCAGGGGCCCCGCGGCCCGUGGGCAUAAAGGCAGUGCCUCUGAGCACAAGGACCAGCUCUCUCGUCUGAAGGAAAAAGAUCCAGAAUUCUACAAGUUCCUGCAAGACAAUGACCAGAGCCUGCUAAACUUUAGUGACUCAGACAGCUCUGAGGAGGAAGAGGAGCAAUUUCACUCCUUGCCAGGUGCACUGGAGGAAGCAAGCGAAGAAGAAGAUGGAGGAGAGGAUGAGGACAGAGUCCCUGGAGGACCUCAGCGGAAGAAGAAUGAGUCUGUUCCUGUGACCCUUGCCAUGGUGGAGAAAUGGAAGCAGUCUGCAAAGCACCUCACUCCCAAGCUGUUCCAUGAAGUGGUGCAGGCCUUCAGAGCAGCUGUUGCUACCACCCAAGGAGACCAGGAAGGUGUUGAGGCCUGCAGGUUUCAGGUUACAGACAGCACUGUGUUCAAUGCUCUGGUCACCUUCUGCAUCAGAGAUCUCUUUGGAUACCUACAUAAGCUGCUGUUUGGAAAGGCCCCAAAGGAUACCAGCAGGGUGCUGCAGCCGUCCAGCAGUGCGCUCUGGGGGAGACUCCGCGUGGACAUCAAGGCAUACCUAAGUGCAGUCAUGCAGCUGGUGACCUCUCUGGCAGAAGCUACCGUGUCAGCGGCUGUCCUGCAGCACAUCAGCAGCCUUGUGCCUUACUACCUAACCUUCCCCAAGCAGUGUCGCAUGUUGCUCAAGAGAAUGGUGGUUCUAUGGAGCACGGGUGAGGAGUCUUUGCGGGUGCUGGCUUUCCUGGUCCUCAUUAGAGUCUGCCGGCACAAGAAGGACAUCUUCCUGAGCCCUGUCCUGAAGCAAAYGUAUAUCACGUAUGUGAGGAACUGCAAGUUCACCUCUCCAGGCACUCUGCCCCUCAUCAGCUUCAUGCAACGGACAUUGACUGAGCUGCUUGCCCUGGAUCCCAGCAUCUCCUACCAGCACGCCUUCCUCUAUAUCCGCCAGCUCGCCAUCCACCUGCGCAGUGCCAUGACUAUGGGCAAAAAGGACACGUACCAGUCAGUGUACAACUGGCAGUAUGUCCACUGCCUCUACUUGUGGUGCCGCGUCUUGAGUACCCUUGGCUCCAGCGAAGCCCUCCAGCCUCUGCUCUAUCCCCUCUCGCAGGUGGUCAUUGGCUGCAUCAAGCUGGUCCCCACUGCCCGCUUCUACCCCCUGCGCAUGCACUGUGUGCGUGCCUUAACACUGCUGUCAGAGAGCACCGGCACCUUCAUCCCAGUGCUGCCUUUUAUCCUUGAG